AUGGAUCGCGCGCGCGCGCUGUGGCGCGCGGGCGUGGUGCAGGGCGUCGCGCGGGCGGCGAUGACGCGGGGCGUCGCGCGCGGUGGCGUCGGUGGGACGACGACGACGACGACGACGUCGGCGGGCGGCGGGCGCGCGGCGCGGGCGUCGGCGGCGGGCGAGGCGGGCGGGCCGCCGCCGCCGCCGGUGGUCGGGACGAUUCGGACGCUCCCGCACGCGAGGGCGCAGACGUUUCCAUUGCGCGAAUCCGCGGCGACGGCGAAGACGGUGAAGACGGCGAAGGCGAAGACGGCGAAGGCGAAGACGGCGAAGGCGAAGACGACGCCGGUGAAGACGGCGAAGGCGACACCGGUGAAGACGGCGACGGCGACGGUGAAGACAGUGAAGACGAUAAAGGCGAAGGCGAAGACGGUGAAGACGCCGGCGAAGACGGCGAAGGCGAAGACGAAAGCCGCGCCCGAGGCGGCGACGGCUCCAGAGGCGCCGAUCGGCGUGAAUAGGACGCUCCCGCACGCGAGCGCGCAAAAGUUUCCUUUGCACGAAUCCGUGACGUCGAGCGCGGGCGCGACGACGCCGGGCGCGGCGGAGACGGCUGUGUUGUUAUCGCCGCUGUCUCGACCGGCGGGCGCGGCGACGGAGGCGUCGGCGUCCUCCGCGGCGAGUGGGUCCGGCUUCGGCGAUCGAGCCGGUCCGAGUCGAUCGAGCCUAUUGGCCGCCGUCGGCGUGGUUCUCGUCGCGCUCGCCGCGUUCUCGGCGAAUAGCUUGGACGAGGAAGACAUGCCUCCACCGCCUCGUCGAGGGAAACCCGCGAGCGCGGGCGCGAGGAAGGAGGUCGACGUGCAGAUUGAAAUCGUAAAGCAACCAGAGUUGAAGGAGUUGCAAAAGGAGGCAAAGAAAGUUCCAGAGCGCGAGAGCGCUGGGGAGAGCUCUCGAGUGCCGGAACAAAAGGGAGUGGAGGCAAGUGAGUUUGCGGAUGCGUUCGGCGCGACGGCGGAGUUCCUCGCGAACGUGGAGUUACCGCAGAAGGAUGAACGGGAACACAACGAACCGGAAGUUGUCGCGAGAGUGAGCAUGCCCACGCCACCGACACGUGAGGAUGCGAUCAUCAUGGACGCAUCGAAGGGUUUGAGCGCGUCCGCGCUAAUAGAGGAGGCGUAUAAGACGCUCAGCGAAUCGCUCACUGAUGAGGAAAAGAAGGCGCUUCAUGAAGGAAUGAAGGUUCAAUCUGAAUCCGACGUCAAGCUCUUUAAAGAUUUGUCGGCAUCGAUGAUAAAUAAUUUCGAGAAAGUCGUGAACGCCGAGCGGUCGGUCACGGAUGAGCUCAUUGCCGCUAUCAACGUUCUCGAGGGUCGUGUCGACGAGGCGUUUAGACGCGUCGAGCAGGAAAAGACGCAAGCAGCCGCAGAUAAAGAGCAAGCUUUAAAAUCGCAAGAGACUAGAAUGAAGGCUGAACACGCAGACUUCUUGGUAGCAGAAAGAAUCGAACGGAUAAAGGCUCUCGAUAACGAAAGAAUGAAGAUCGGAGCGCUCAGAGAAGUUCUCACUAAGCGCCGCAAAGCGCUCGAGCGGGCGUACGAUGUGCAGAGUCUCGAGAUCGCUGUCAUGGAUCUCGGAUCUCGCUUGGAUAACGGUGAAGCUUUCGCCGACGUCCUCGUCUUAUUGAAGACGUGCGCAGAGAAGGAUGGGUUCGUCGACGCCAUCAUUCGAAGUGUAAACGAGAAGGCUGCUGAGAAGGGCGUCGCCACUCGCUUGCAACUCGCCGAGCAGUUGAGUGAAGUGCGCGAGACGGCGAGAAAACUAUCACUCGUUCCUGAGGGAGGCGGUGGAUUGCUCGCGCAUGGAUUGUCUCACAUCGCGUCGUGGAUAAGAGUAAAGGAUACGGCCGACGAAGGCGCGCAAGGGAUCGAAGGGGCGAUCGCUCAGGCUGAAUCAUUCUUGGCGGCUGGUGAAUUGAUGAAAGCCGCCAACGCGCUCUCGAAAGCGGCGGAAGGAUCAAAGGCGGCGACUUCAGUCGCGAAAUGGGUCUAUAACGUCCGAUCUCGCGCCGAAGCGGAGCAAAUGCAAGCUGCAUUAAACGCGCACGCGCAGUGCCAAGCUGCGGCACUGAUUUAA